AACUCUCCCGCCACCGCCGACUGAUCACACCCUCCAUAGCGACCUCAACGUCGUCGACAACGCCCACAUCAAGAGGUAAGACACAACCGAAGGUGAGUCUUUGUGUAGUUAUACCCUGCAUCCAUUCCUGAGGUAGCUGGGGGUGAAAUACGGUGGCAGAAUGGAUGGAUGGCAUUGCUCUUGUCCGGAUGUCAGAUGGCUCAUCCAAUCCCUCCAUAGAUGCCUUUCCAAGAAUACCAGGUCGUCGGGCGUCAUCUGCCGACUGAGUCGGAGCCCUCUCCCAAAAUUUACCGCAUGCGCAUCUUCGCGCCCAACGAGGUUGUUGCAAAGUCUCGGUUCUGGUACUUCUUGAGGCGUCUUGACAAGGUGAAGAAAGCCAGUGGCGAGAUCAUUGGCGUCAAUGUUAUCCACGAAAAGAAGCCGCUGAAGGUCAAGAACUUUGGUAUCUGGCUCCGCUACGACUCCCGCUCUGGCACCCACAACAUGUACAAGGAGUUCCGUGAGCUUAGCCGUACCGACGCUGUCAAGUCCCUCUACCAGGACAUGGCAGCGCGGCACCGUGCACGUUUCCGGUCGAUUCACAUCCUCCGCGUCGUUGAGAUUGAGAAGAGCGACGACAUCCGCCGGCCGUACAUCAAGCAGCUCCUUACGCCGAGGCUCAAGUUCCCUCUUCCCCACCGUGUGGGCAAGAGCCGCUCGACCUUCGUCGCUCACCGCCCCGCGACGUUCUAAGCUCGCAUACUUUGGUGUGGUAUGUAUCUCGGCUUGGAGAUCGUUAGUGGAGAAAAGUGAUGGGUUGUCCUACUGGGGCGAUUCCGGGACAUGGCAUUCGCUGUCUAUCUACAUGCAUUAUGACGAUAUGAUUCUGGCACGCAUGCCACAUUGUCUUGGUCUUUGAAGCCUUCGAUCACGAGGCGGUCGUGUUCUACAGCCCUCUGCCUCUCCACGUCAUAGUGAUAUUUCACAAAUGGAGAUGAAGCGAUGCCAAGCGUCGAAGUCGAC